AUGAGGAGUCCACCGAUUCCUCCCUCAUCGAAAUUGGACCUGGAAGUUGAAAAUCUUGGAGAUUCAUCCGUACCCCAUCAGGAGAAUCUCAAUCAAUUGAUAUGCAAACUGUUGAAGGAUCCAAAAACUGAAGAAAUAGGGUUCGAGAGUUACCAGAAGGCCAAAAGAACACCCGAUUUUACACCCACGAGAUCGACAUUGCAUAAUCUAAUCAGGUUAAUCAGUAGUUGUAUUCGAGCCAAGAGAUUUAAACUUGCUAAUCAUUUGCUUCAUAUUCUGAAAUUUGAAAAAGAAGUUGCCAUUUUAAGUUUUAAUGCUGCCAUGCGAAGCUAUAACAAGCUUCAUAUGUAUAGUAGUGCAGUCAACGUGUACGAUAUUAUGAAAUCUUUUGAAUUCGAAUCAAGCAAUCUCGAAUGGACACCUUUUUGCUCACAAAUCUACAGGAUUUUAAUCGAAUCUUUAGCAAAAUCAGGAAAACCAUUUCAAGCCCUAGAUUACUUUCGUGACAUGAUCAAGAAAGGGUUCCCAGAAGACCCUUCUUUUUACUCAACAUUAAUCAGUUCAUUUGUAGCCAUUCAAGAAGUGAAAAUGGUAGAAGACCUUACGAAAGAAGCCGAAGCGAAGAACAUGUUAAGAGACCCAGCAGUCUUUUUAAAGCUCGUUUUGAUGUACAUCGAACUCGGGUCACUCGAAAAGACACUCGACGUUGUUUCUUCAAUGAAAAAAGCAAACAUUAAAGUUUCAGAUUGUAUCUUUUGUGCUAUCGUAAACGGGUUCUCAAAGAAAAGAGGGUUGACUUCAGCGGUAAAGGUCUACGAAGAGUUGACCGCAGAAGGUUGCCACGCUGGACAAGUGACGUAUGCUUCUAUCCUAAACGUUUACUGUCGUAUCGGGCUUUAUGAAAAAGCCGAAGAGGUGUUUUGGGAAAUGGACAACAAAGGGUUCGAUAAAUGUGUUGUGGCGUAUUCUAGCAUGAUUGCGAUGUAUGGGAAACAAAACAGGAUUCGAGACGCCAUGCGGCUGUUAGCUCGCAUGAAAGCACGUGGGGUGGAACUCAACGUGUGGAUUUACAAUUCUCUCCUUGACAUGCAUGGGAAAGUGUUGAACUUGAGGCAAGUUGAGAAGAUAUGGAAGGAGAUGAAAAGAAGGAGACUUGUGGCUGAUAAGGAUAUGAAAGCUGAAGGAACAAGUUUGGAUUCAAGGCUUUAUAGAUCUUCUUUGCAUGCUCUUAGGGAUGCUGGUGUGCGUAUUCAAGUUAAGUGGUUGGAAGAGAGCUUUGAUCCAAACUAA